AAAGGUGCAAAGCUCUCGCUUGGCAGCUCCUACGGGGAAGAUGGCGACGGCUUCGUGGCUUCUGGCGUGGUCCGUCCUUCUUAUUCUUCUGGGGCCUCAGCAGCCUCCACUGUCAUUUCUCACUAUGGGACCGGCCCCCGUCGAGGCUGCUGACCGAUCUAAGUGGCACAUUCCGAUCUCCAUGGAGAAAUAUCAUUUUAGUUUUGGAAAAAUUCUCUUCAAAAAUACAACUAUUCUACUGAAAUUUGAUGGAGAACCAUGUGAAGCUUCUCUGAAUAUAACUUGGUAUCUGAAAAGUGCUGAUUGUUACAAUGAAAUCUACAACUUAAAGACAGGAAACGAGGGCACACAUUUCGAUUCCUUUAAGGACAAAAAGGGCAUGUCUGGAAAAUAUCAAACAUCAUCAAAAUUGUUCCAGAACUGCAGUGAACUAUUUAAAACACAGAGCUUUUCUGCAGAUUCUGUUCAUCGUCUGCCACUUUUAGGAGAAAAACAGGAGGCUAAAGAGAAUGGAACAAACCUUACCUUUACUGGAGACAAAAUUGUUAUGCAUGAACCAUUGAAAACAUGGCAAGAUGCACCAUACAUUUUUAUUGUCUAUAUUGGUAUUUCAUCCUCAAAGGAAUUACCAAAAGAAAAUUCACUGAAUAGUCUUUUCACCAUGACUGUUGAGGUGAAGGGUCCCUAUGAAUACCUCACACUUGAAGAUUAUCCAUUAAUGAUUUUUUUCAUGGUCAUGUGUAUUGUGUAUGUCCUGUUUGGCGUUCUGUGGCUGGCAUGGUCUGCCUGCUACUGGAGAGAUCUCCUUAGAAUUCAGUUUUGGAUUGGUGCUGUCAUUUUCCUGGGAAUGCUAGAGAAAGCUGUUUUCUAUGCUGAGUUUCAGAAUAUCCGAUACAAAGGAGAAUCUGUUCAAGGUGCACUGAUCCUUGCAGAACUACUCUCAGCCGUUAAACGUUCACUGGCUCGAACCCUUGUCAUCAUAGUCAGUCUGGGAUAUGGCAUAGUUAAACCUCGCCUUGGAGUCACACUUCACAAGGUUGUGGUGGCUGGUGCUCUCUAUCUUUUGUUCUCUGGCAUGGAAGGAGUCCUCAGAGUUACUGGGGCCCAGACUGAUCUUGCUUCCUUGGCCUUUAUACCCUUGGCUUUCCUAGACACUGCCCUGUGCUGGUGGAUAUUUAUUAGCUUGACUCAAACAAUGAAGCUGUUAAAACUUCGGAGGAACAUUGUAAAACUCUCCUUGUACCGACAUUUUACCAACACACUUAUUAUGGCAGUGGCAGCAUCUAUUGUGUUUAUCAUGUGGACAACUAUGAAGUUCCGGAUAGUAAAUUGUCAGUCGGAUUGGAGGGAGCUGUGGGUAGAUGAUGCCAUCUGGAGGUUGCUAUUCUCCAUGAUCCUCUUUGUCAUCAUGGUUCUCUGGCGACCAUCUGCAAACAAUCAGAGGUUUGCCUUUUCACCAUUGUCUGAGGAAGAUGAAGAGGAUGAACAAAAGGAACCUAUGCUGAAAGAAAGCUUUGAAGGAAUGAAAAUAAGAAGUACCAAACAAGAACCAAAUGGAAACAGUAAAGUAAACAAAGUAGAAGAUGAUUUGAAAUGGGUAGAAGAGAAUGUGCCUUCUUCUGUGACAGAUGUAGCUCUUCCAGCUCUUCUGGAUUCAGAUGAGGAACGAAUGAUCACACAUUUUGAAAGAUCCAAAAUGGAGUAAAGAGAAAGAGUUGAGGAGGAAGAUGGCUGUAUCUAGGAAGACAUCAGUUUCUGUGUCAGUUGUCUAUACUCUGUGGGAUUAAAGGAGGCAAUGACACCUCAUGUUUGGGAUUGAAGCUAGUGAAAGGUGUAAGAAAAAGGAGAUAAAAACAGAAACAAGUCCAUCGGAUGAGGAAAAUCUGCAAGUUUCUUAUUUACAGUUUGAUGCCCAAAUUUCUCCCACACCCUGACAUGGAUGUUUAUUCAACUUAUUGUGUGUUGUUCCUGAACUUUCUAUAAUGUUUCAGUUGUUUAAUCUGACAAACUAAAAAGUUUAACAUCUUUUAAAGAACUACGACAUCAAAACCAUAAUAUGUAAUUCCCAGGCAACUGCCUGUAAAUUUUAUUUAUUUAGGGAGUUACAUACAUGAUGGGGCAAAUUGUUAAUUAUCUUUCCAUUUCCUGGGUAACUAAGAUUACAUUUUGCAAAGGUACCUUUAAGGAGAGGUGUGGGGAGGAGAGUCCUGCAUUAAGGAGCCAUGGUUCUAUUGAUGAUUAAAAAAGGAAAAAAAAAAAACUGUUACAGAAUGAUUCAAAUCAUUUUUAAAAAAAGUAAAAUCAAGUGCAAUUUUGUUUACAAAUGGUGUAUAUUAAAGAUUUUUCUAUAUCAGAUGUACUUUAGAGAGAAA